AUGGCACCCAAAUCGAACAAGAAAGCUGUGGAGGAACGGGAGCCUACUCCUAUGAGCACAUCGUCUGCUGGCGAAUCUUCCAGCUCCGAGGUUGAGUCGACCCAGAGCGGAAGCGAUAGUGACAGCGAUUCCAGCACUUCUUCCAACGAGAAGACUUCUACCCAGAAGACCUCCCGUAAUGUAUCUCUAGCAGCACCCCAACCUUACAAAGCCCCCUCCGGAUUCAAGUCCUUGAAACAACAAGCACCACCGAAGUCCAGUGUCUCCUCUCUCCUGUCCGAUCUUCGCGGCAAGCAAGUCUACCACAUUACGGCGCCAGACUACCUUCCUCUCUCCAAGGUUGAGGAAGUCUCGUUGGCCAAGAUCAUGCAGGGCAAGCCGGUCCUGAAACACAAGGGUGUGCAAUACGGAAUUCCGGUGGAAAGCUUUGCGCAACCCGACCUGGGUGGAAAGACGCUCCACCUGUACGACUCGAAGACCAAGACCUACUACAGCACCGCCGCCAGCAAUAUCCCCAGCUACCAUAUCCAAGAGAUGCUCGAUAUUCCCGAGGUCAGCGAUGAGACCGUCGCGCAAGCUGUACAGGAGCAGAUCAAGCCCCCGAGGAAACACCCCAAACACUUGAAGAUGCGUUUUCACCCCGUAGGAAGUGGCGUGGAACCCCCUGAGACCCUGGGAUCCAGUUCGGAGGAGGAGUCGGAAGACGAGAAGCCUACAUUCAAGGUCCCCAAAUCGCUGGAGAAGGAGCGGGAUGAGAGAAAGCGCAAGAACCACCCUACUGAGGCGGAUGGCAGCCAGGCCGAGGCUGGUGAUGUGCCUCGUAAGAAGUCCAGAAAGUCCGCUCAGGAGGGAGGUGAAGGAGAGGACAAGAAGAAGAAGUCCAGCAAGAGCCGGGAGGAGAAGAAGCGCAAGAAGUCCGAGAAGUCUACCUGA